AGAGGAGCAGGCAGUAGAUCUCGGAAAAUAAAACCCACCCUGUUGCCAGAUAUCCCUUUUCGACUGAAUCGAGAGAGAAGCAGGCAAACGCAAGUUUUAGAGAGAGAGAGAGAGAGAGAGAGCAAUACAAUCGUUUUGAUUGUGAAGCCCACUGCUUGGUUGGUUUGGGUUUCGAUGGCGGAAGCGGACCUUCUUCUUCUUCCUCUUGCCUCUCCCUUUCUAUAAAGGAAAAAAUCCCACUGCUUGCUUUUGUCUCCUUUACCUUUCUCUUUCAUUCGAUCCCAUGCUGCUUCUGCUGCCUCCUUCCCUACUGCUACUAUUAUUAUUGCUUCUGAAUUCCCAUCCAAACCCACUUUUUUUGUCUUCUCUGCCAAUUCCUCCAAAACCAUGACCAUCGCCUUCUCCGCAUCCUCUUGCGCCAAAAAGAAAAGCCAGUAGAGAAAGUGUAGUCCGAAAACAGAAAGAACCAAUCCCUUUUGCAACCCUCCUUUUGCUUUUUCCCCCCUGCUGUUCCUCCACCGGAGAAGAAGAGUAGAGGACUAGUUCCAUUAUAAGUAAAUAAUAAUCAUGGGUACUGGGUGGCGACGAGCCUUCUGUACUACAAUACCUAGAGACAAGCGCCUUCAACACACCAACAGCUCAAACUCCACCAGUCCUCCACCUCCCAGCCCCAGCCCCAGAAGCUGCACCAAGCUCUCCUUCUUCUCUUCUUCUUCGUCUUCUUCCUCCCUCGCCGGGAGCAACCCCGCCACUCCCCGCCUCAAGUCUCGCUCCUUCUCCAGCCCGGCCUUGCGCUGCCGUACAUCUUCUUCCUCAAAUCUCAAUACCAGUGCUACAACAACUGCAGCAGCAGAAGACAGCCCUGCCCUCCAUUGCAGAACCACGCACAAUACUCCCAGGGCCACCACGGCGAAGCUCGCUGCAGCUAGCCCGAAGCCCAAGCACGGCUCCAAUCCUGCAUCUCCUCGAUCUCCUCUCAAGCUAUCUCUCUUCAAGAACAGCUUCAAGUUCAGAGUAAGUAGUUGCGGAAUCUGUUUGAAUAGCGUGAAAACAGGGCAAGGCACGGCGAUUUACACGGCGGAAUGCGCUCAUGCUUUUCACUUCCCUUGCAUAGCUGACUAUGUCCGCAAGCACGGCAGCCUCGUCUGCCCCGUCUGCAACGCCGCCUGGAAAGACGUCCCUCUCCUCGCUAUCCACAAGAAUCUCCACCCUGACGCCGCCGGCAACAAUGUCAAGCCUAAAAUUGAGGAGAAGAGGGUGGUAAUGGUGGAAUCUUCGCCCAGAGCGGUAAAGCAGGAGCCGUCCCCGCCGCCACAGCAGCCAUCGACGCCGAAGCUGUCCGAUUUGAGGUCUUACGAUGACGACGAGCCGCUGCUAUCCCCCACCGCCGGCUCAAGAUUCAUCCCGAUUCCGGAGGCUGCCGAUGAGAAUGCGGAGGAGGAAGACGAUUCCGAAGAAUUCCAAGGAUUCUUCGUCAAUCCAACUCGUUCCUCAUCGAUGAAAUCCGAAGACGCUUCGUCGCCGCUGCUGAGCGGGAGGGGAGGAGAUUCCAGAACCGUUCAGGUCAAUCUCCUACCUGAAGCCGCCGUGGUAUCCGUCGGCCGCGGAUACGAGACCUAUGCGGUGGCAUUACGAGUGAAAGCUCCUCCGCCUUUGCAAGCGUGCAGCAACUCGGCGGCGGCGAUUCUGAACCCGUCUCAUCGAGCGCCGAUCGAUUUGGUCACGGUUCUCGAUGUGAGCGGAAGCAUGACCGGCGGUAAGAUGCUGAUGCUGAAGCGCGCGAUGCGGUUAGUGAUCUCAUCGCUCGGCUCCGCUGACCGGCUCUCGAUCGUGGCCUUCUCGUCGGUGACGAAGCGGCUGUUGCCUCUGAGAAGGAUGACGAGUCACGGUCAGCGAGCGGCUCGGCGCAUAGUUGACCGGCUCGUCUGCGGUCAAGGGAGCAGCGUCGGGGAGGCUCUGAUGAAAGCGGCGAAAGUGCUCGAAGAUAGGAGGGAGAGAAAUCCGGUGGCCACCAUCAUGCUCCUAUCCGACGGCCAGGACGAUCGGGUCCAGAGCAAUUCGAACCAACGGCACGAGAAGAGCCACGUCACGUCGACCACGCGUUUCGCGCACAUCGAGAUCCCGGUCCACGCCUUCGGCUUCGGGAAGAGCGGCGGCUACAGCCACGAGCCGGCGGAGGACGCGUUCGCCAAAUGCGUCGGGGGAUUGCUCAGCGUGGUGGUUCAGGAUCUGAGAAUUCAGCUCGGAUUCGCUUCCGGUUCGGCUCCGGCGGAGAUUUGCGCCGUCUAUUCGUGGAACGGCCGGCCGACGGUGCUGAGCUCCGGCUCGGUUCGGCUGGGGGAUUUGUACGCGGAGGAAGAGAGGGAGCUGCUGGUGGAGCUACGGGUCCCGGCUUCGGCGAUCGGGUCCCACCACGUGAUGUCCGUUAGGUGUCUCUACAAGGAUCCGGCCACGCAGGAGGUGGUGUACGGUAGGGACCAGGCUUUACUGGUCCCGCGGCCGCACGCCGUCGCCCGGUCGUCGGCGGUGGCGGCGGCGAAGGUGGAGCGGCUGAGGAACCUGUUCAUAACGACGAGGGCGUUGGCGGAGGCGAGGCGGCUGGUGGAGCACGGGAACAACUUCACGAGCGCGCACCACCUGCUGGCGUCGACGAGGGCGCUUCUGAUGCAGUCGGAGAACGGCGGCGCGGAGGAGUACGUGAGGGCGGUGGAGGCGGAGCUCGGGGAGCUUCACUGGAGAAAGCAGCAGGAGAUAGAAGCGGCGUCGAUGGUGAUGCAGCAGCAGCGGAUGAGGAGAGGAGGAGGGGAGAGGGAGGCGGUGGUGAUGACGGACGAGAACGGCGAGCCGUUGACGCCGACUUCGGCUUGGAGGGCGGCUGAGAGGCUGGCUAAGAUGGCUAUGGUGAAGAAGUCGAUGAAUAGAGUCAGCGAUCUGCACGGCUUCGAGAACGCCAGAUUCUGAGGUUAAUUAAGAAAAUAGUUUUUUUUUGGUUUUUUUUUCUUUUAAUUCGGUAGCAGACGGCGGGAGUCGGGAGAAAGGGAAAUAAAGGGAGAGACGGGGGCCCACUUCAAUUGAUUUUGGAGUGAAGAGGAAAUGGUCGAAGUGGAAUUAUCCAUUGUAGCGCCUCCCGCUCUUUUGUCUUCCUUUUCUGUUUGCUUUUAGUUUUGUUUGGACUUUUUUACAGUUAGUUUUGUUUGGUAUUGGUAGGGGGAUUUCUGUGAUAAUUUUCCUCUGGUGAAACUUGAAACUAGAAAAAAGCAUUGUAAAUUAAGGAUUUGAACGAGUCUUUGAGUAGUGAUACUACACUUUGAUCC